AUGCCUCCAAUCCCCAUCACCAUCGUCACCGGCUUCCUCGGCUCCGGCAAGACCACCCUCCUCCUCAACCUCAUCCCGCAACUGCCCGCGACCUACCGGCUCGCGCUGCUCAAAAACGAAUUCGGCGACGUCGCGGUCGACUCCCAGCUCGCCUCCACGCAGUCCAUCUCCGGGGUUCGCGAGCUCCUCAACGGCUGCAUCUGCUGCAACCUCGUCGGCCAGCUGAGCGACGCGCUCGAGCAGCUCCGCACCGAGGUCCGCCCGGACCGCAUCGUGAUCGAGACCAGCGGGAGCGCUUUCCCCGCCACCCUGGCCAUGGAGGUAAACCGCCUGGCGCGCGAGAACCCGGGGACCUUCGUCCUGGACGGGGUCAUCAGUGUCAUCGACGUAGAGAACUGGGAGGGGUACGAGGACACCUCGUACACGGCGAAGCUGCAGGCGAAAUACACCGAUCUGAUCAUUUUCAACAAGUGGGAGAAUGUGUCGGAGAUGCGCUUCGACAUCUGCCUCGACCGGGUCGGGGACCUCGAAGUCCCCACGCCGUGGGUCAAGUCCGAUCGCGGCAAGGUCGACAAGGAUGUUCUGCUGGGAAUUGACGGGGCCUUGUUCGCCAAGGAAGAGCAUCGUCAUGAUCACCAUGACCAUGAUGACGACCAUGAUCACCAUGAGCACAAGAACGAUCAUCAGUCCGAGGUGGAAGUCCUCUCCGUCAACCUCAAGUCCACCGAUGCCACCGUCGUCGACAUCCCGGCUCUGGAGCACCUCCUUCGCUCCGCCUCCAAGGAAGAAGUCUAUCGCAUCAAGGGCAUCAUGCGGUGCUCGACCAGCUCACCUCCCGCGGAAUCUUCGGAAGAUCAAGGCGCCGUCACGCCCGCUCCCCCUUCGGCCAACGGCCCCGCCACCCGCUAUUACAUUCUGAAUUGGGCUUUCGGUCGCUGGACCUUCACACCAUCGGACAUCGUCGCUGAGAACGCUGACCCCGCCGUGGUAGCCCGGAUUACGUUGAUUUUGGCUCGCUAUGAAUCCGCCAAGUGGAAGAAGAAGCUCGAAGCCGGUAGCCUCGUACAGGUUGCUGGAUCCAACGACGCCGAGUUGGUUGUGGAGCGACUGCUCUAA